CCCGCCCCCGACGCGGAGGAGGCCUCCUGAGACCCCGCGUGCCUCGCGCCUGCGCUCACCUCCCAGCUCCUGCGCGGCUCGAGUCCGCCUGUGCAUGGAUCGCACGUGUGAGGAACUGCCCCCGGAGGAUGGGAGCGACGAGGAGGACCCUGAUGCGGCAGAAGCCCCGGCCAGGAUCCGAGACACCCCGGAAGACAUCGUGCUGGAAGCGCCGGCCAGUGGGUUGGCGUUUCAUCCGACCCGCGAUCUCUUGGCGGCAGGGGAUGUGGAUGGGGACGUGUACGUCUUUUCCUACUCCUGCCAAGAGGGAGAAACCAAGGAGCUCUGGUCCUCGGGUCACCAUCUCAAGUCCUGCCGAGCUGUGGCCUUUUCUGCAGAUGGGCAGAAACUUGUUACUGUCUCCAAGGACAAAGCCAUCCAUGUUCUAGAUGUGGAGCAUGGCCAACUGGAAAGACGCAUUUCCAAGGCUCACGGCGCCCCCAUCAACUGUCUGUUGCUGGUGGAUGAGAAUGUUUUGGCCACUGGAGACGACACAGGUGGCAUCCGGCUCUGGGACCAGCGGAAGGAAGGCCCCUUGAUGGAUAUGCGACAGCAUGAGGAGUACAUUGCUGACAUGGCCCUGGACCCAGCCAAGAAGCUGUUGCUCACAGCCAGUGGGGAUGGCUGCCUUGGGGUCUUCAACAUCAAGCGACGCCGCUUUGAGCUGCUCUCAGAGACCCAGUCUGGGGACCUGACCUCUGUCACAAUCAUGAAAUGUGGGAAGAAGGUGGCCUGUGGCUCCAGUGAAGGUACUAUCUACCUCUUCAACUGGAAUGGCUUUGGGGCCACAAGUGACCGCUUUGCCCUGAAAGCAGAGUCCAUCGACUGCAUGGUUCAGGUCACUGAGAGUCUGCUGUGCACUGGCUCCACGGACGGAGUCAUCAGGGCUGUGAACAUCCUGCCGAACCGAGUGGUGGGCAGCGUGGGUCAGCAUGCCGGGGAGCCUGUGGAGGAGCUAGCCCUCUCCCACUGCGGCCGAUUCCUGGCCAGCAGUGGCCACGACCAGCGUCUUAAGUUUUGGGACAUGGCCCAGCUUCGGGCUGUGGUGGUGGAUGACUACCGUCGGCGCAAGAAAAAGGGAGGACCGCUGCGGGCAUUGAGCAGCAAGGCCUGGAGCACCGAUGACUUCUUUGCAGGACUGAGGGAGGAAGGAGAGGACCCCACAGCUGGGGAGGAAGAGGAGAGUGAGGAUGAUAGUGACUGAGGGGAUGAUCUGAAUCUUAAGAUAGAUCCUUCCUGGGCAAGAGUUUUGCUUCCAAGGUGUUGCCAAGACGACAUGCAGACAGAGGCUCAGGACUCCGGGCACUAUGUGGGGAAAUGCUUACCCUGCAGCAGCCCCUCACUCUCCCACUGUAAUACAAGUCCACAGCACUGACACAGGUGUACACCAACCAGGGGUUUAAUAUAAAUACAACCAGCAUAGAAAAACUCAAAAGUUGUACAUAAACCGAAACUAGAAUACCAAGUGGUAGGGACAAAAGGUAAGACUUCUGACCUUUUGGCUUUGCCAGCCCCCAAAUAAAAAACAGCAAAGAGGACAAGUCAAGAAAAUAAGCAAAGUUUUAUGCUACACUGUGGGAGGAGGAGAGGGUGUGUGUGUCAGAGAAUGGGCAAGGAAUAUCCAUGGGUCAGACCCAAGCCUGGGUGGGAGGAGGGCAAGGUCCCUCACCACAACUUAGCCAAACCUGAGCUGUCCCCAGGUGUGUGCUGGGACCCUGCCCCAGCUAUGGGGCUGUCAGGCCUAAGGCAGGGCCCAUGCCCCUCCCCCUUUUGGGAUCAGAUAGUGGUUACCCAGGCCUGCUGGGCUGGGGACUGACCCAGGUUAUGCCCCUUUGGUCAGGCUGCCUGUAGAGAGGAUGGGGUCACUGCUUGACCAUGACACCUGCCUUAGCCACAGCAGGCUGCAGGAGGCUGGCCCCAGACUUACUCAGUGCCUCCAGCAGCUGUGCAGACACAGCAUCCUUGGCCACCUCAUGUGCAUCCUGCCCAUCCUGGGCCAGCACAACCCAGAUGAGGCCACUGAAGGGCACCGGGUGCCCAGGGAUCACCACCUGGUACCAGAAGUGAUGCCAGCCAGCAGGGCCCGUGCCCAGACACUUGGUGAGGAAGACUGGGAUGCCCAGCUUCAUCUGCUGGCACAACACCUGCAGGGCAGCCCGAGCCCCUUGGGACACUAGCUUGUCCCUGGCCAGGGACAAGCGGCUGCUCUCUGGCUGUAGGGGCCGCAGCAACGGACCCCCAAACUGCUGGCGGAGUCGCUGCUUCAGGUCUGGCUUGAGCCACUCCACUGCCACCUGCUCUCCACAGAGGCGUGACUGGCCUGCAGGGAAAAGAUGGACUGGUCAAAGCCCUAGGCCCAAGCUCCCAGACCCCAGACAAAGGCCUGUGUUUAAUUUCUAAGCCUCCCCUUAUCUUGCUGUGACCUCAGGCAAGUUAACCUUGCCAGGCUUCACUGUACUUGUAAAGGAGGUGCAACACCUUCCAAGAUUGCUUGGAGGUGCAUUGGUUGCAAGCUUUUCUGCCUCAUGAGCAUCACAAUAGCUAAUCUUUACUGAGUACUUGCCCAGCAUCAGGUAAUAUGCUAAGUACUGGAUAAUUUUCACACCCGGCUGAGGAAGUAGUUUCCACAGUGGAUCAAAGGUAGGCUCAGUUAAGACUGCCUCGGGCAAGUCAGUUUCUCUUAAAACAGCCUCCUCACCCUUAAAGAAGGAGCUCACUGUAUUUCAUUGCAAAGCUGAAGAUUAACUCAGGAAUUAACUGCUUGGCAAGUGUUAACUGUUGCUAAGUGACCCCUGGUAGCAGCACUGGAAAUUUAAAAACCUGAGUUCAAAUAAACAGUUUGUUUGCAAACUCAAAUCUGUU